GCAAACGACAACGCAUAAGCAGAAUCGGAAGUGCAGUAGCGUGUGGUCGUUUGGGGAAGAAGGAGAAGAGAACAAUGGCGAAUCAGGGCGCUAAGAAACGCAAGGAAGAGAAUGCUCGUCACAUGGCUAGGCUACGCCAAGUCAUCAUCGCCUGCAACGUUAUCUAUGUGUUGCUAAGAAUGUUGGUGUUCCAUUCGAGUUUCACCUGGAAGCACUGGAUUGGGUUGAUUUUUACUUCUUUGGCAUAUGUUAUUCCCUAUCAACAGCUCGCAAGGAUGGCAACUCCUGCUUACGCUGAAGAUGGUGAACUUUUAGAUGGUGGGUUUGAUAUGUCUACAGGUGGAGUUUGUGGAUAUUUACACGAUGUUAUCUACAUAACAUGUUUUGUGCAAGUCAUGUCCAUUAUCUCUGGAAAGUUCUGGUAUACAUAUGUUGUGAUACCGGCUUUUGGAGCAUACAAGUCCUUUGGCUUCAUUAAAGGAUUUUUGCCACAAGGUUCAGAGGAAUCAUUUGAAGAUGAAAAGACCCGCAAGAAGAGGGAAAAGAUGGAGAAGAAGGCAUCGAGACCCAAGUUUGCGAAGACAAGAACUAGAUAGUUUGUUUCAGUGUACGCACCCAGUUACACUGUAACCCAAUAUUGAUGGAGAUAGCCCUGAAACUUCCGACGUUAUUGGGAGAACAUGCUGCACAAAGUCUGGGUUGUAUUUCAUGUAUAACAUUAUUUUCCGCUUUUAUGCCCUCCAAGAAUAUGUAAUUUUACACAGUUUAGAAGAAGUAUUUGGAAAAGCUAACCUUUGUGGGAUAUUGAGAUUAAGAGUUGUCAAUUUCGAGAUUCAUCAUAUUUAUCAAA